CAGCUCGGGGAGGAAGAUGGCGGCCUUUGGGAUUCUCAGUUACGAACACCGGCCGCUGAAGAGACCCCGACUGGGACCCCCUGACGUCUACCCGCAGGACGCAAAGCAGAAAGAGGAUGAACUAACAGCAUUGAAUGUGAAACAAGGAUUCAACAAUCAACCAGCCGUAUCAGGAGAUGAACAUGCCAGCGCCAAAAAUGUUAACUUUAACCCUGCCAAGAUCAGUUCGAACUUCAGCAAUAUCAUGGCAGAAAAGUUGCGAUGCAACACUCUGCCAGAUACUGGUCGCAGGAAACCACAGGUUAACCAGAAGGAUAACUUUUGGCUCGUGACGGCUCGCUCGCAGAGCUCCAUCAAUAACUGGUUUACUGACCUGGCAGGAACCAAGCCUCUGACUCACCUCGCCAAGAAGGUGCCCAUAUUCGGCAAGAAGGAGGAAGUGUUUGGUUUCCUAGCACGUUACUCUGUGCCUGUGAUGAGAGCAGCCUGGCUCAUUAAGAUGACCUGUGCCUAUUAUGCAGCCAUUACAGAAACCAAAGUAAAGAAAAGACAUGUCAUGGAUCCUUUCAUAGAAUGGACCCAGAUUAUCACCCGGUACCUGUGGGAACAAUUACAGAAGAUUGCUGAGUAUUACCGUCAGAUUUCUGGAGGCUGUGUCUCUACUCCUGGGCCAAUGCCACAAGAGGUAGAACUGGCACUAAAGCAGUGGGAAUAUAACGAGAAACUUGCCAUGUUUAUGUUUCAGGAUGGGAUGUUGGAUCGCCAUGAGUUUCUUACCUGGGUCCUGGAGUGUUUUGAGAAGAUCCGUGCUGGGGAAGAUGAACUUCUGAAACUGCUGCUCCCCCUUUUACUGCGUUAUUCGGGUUCUCUGGUUCAGUCUGCAUACCUCUCCAGGCGUUUGGCCUAUUUUUGCACAAGGCGUCUAGCACAGCAGUUGGAGGGCAGUGGGAGCCAUACUGGACACCUCCUGACAGCACAGACGGGCAAUGCUCUUCCCCCAGCUCCUGCACCCCCUCCUCCUUCUGGGUCUGCCCCUUCGUCUCCUUUUAGUGAUCUUCUUCACUGCCCCCAGCAUCGGCCCCUGGUAUUUGGGCUAAGCUGUAUGUUACAGAGCAUUGUCCUUUGCUGUCCCAGUGCCCUUGUUUGGCAUUACUCUUUAACUGAUAACCGUAUAAAGACUGGAUCGCCCUUGGAUCAUCUUCCUAUCGCCCCGUCCAGCUUACCAAUGCCUGGGGGUAAUUCUGCCUUCACACAGCAGGUGCGCAGGAAGCUGCGGGAGAUGGAGCAACAGAUAAAGGAACGUGGACGGGCAGUGGAGGUCAGGUGGUCAUUUGAUAAAUGUCAGGAAGCAACCGCAGGUUUUCCAAUUGGACGUGUUCUCCAUACACUGGAAGUACUGGACAGCCACAGUUUUGAAAAAUCUGACUUCAGCAACAACCUGGACUCACUUUAUAACCGGAUUUUUGGACUUGGCCUCGGCAAAGAUGGACACGAGAUCUCUCCGGAUGAUGAUGCUGUAGUUGCCCUUCUCUGUGAAUGGGCUGUCAGCUGUAAGCGUUACGGACACCAUCGCGCACUGGUUGUAGCCAAGUUGCUUGAAAAGAGACAGUUGGAGAUUGAAGCCGAACGCUGUGGAGACUCUGAGGCAGUGGAUGAAAAGGGAUCUGUCUCUUCUGGCUCCUUGUCUGCUCUGAGUUCGCCUCCUGUGUUCCAGGAAGUUUUACUCCAGUUUCUUGACACACAAGCUCCAGUUUUAGCUGAUCCAGCUAACGAAUCGGAGCGCGUGGAAUUCUAUAACCUGGUGCUGCUCUUUUGUGAGUUGAUCAGACAUGAUGUUUUCUCACACAACAUGUACAUGUGCACCCUCAUAUCAAGAGGUGACCUAGGGCUGGACGGACAAGUACCGCGACCCCGCUCUCCUUAUGAAGACCCAUCGGAUGACAAUGACCGCAAGGAAGGUGAAGCUAACAGUAGCAUUAAACUAGAGGACACUGCACUUUCAGAAACCAUGGAUAUUGACCACAGUUCAGGAGCUCUGUUUGAUGACAUGGAAAAAAACGAGUUUCCGAUGUUUUCACCUGCGACACGUGAAGCACGAAGUCCAGGUCUAGAUGACGCAGAUUGUGAUGGACGUCGUGUAACAAAGGGUGUGAGUGGAGACGGUCUUCUUUCUUCCUUGUAUGAGCAACCAAGACACAUCCAGUAUGCCACACACUUCCCCAUACCUCAGGAGGAGUCUUGCAGCCAUGAGUGUAACCAAAGGCUAGUUGUCCUCUUUGGAGUAGGGCGACAGCGAGAUGAUGCUCGUCAUAUAAUAAAGAGGAUCACACGGGAUAUCCUGAAGGUGCUGAACCGUAAGAGCACUGCUGAAACAGGGUCAAAUGAGGGACAGCGGAGACGCAGGGUUAAGCCUGAGGCCUUUCCUACAGCAGAGGAAAUAUUCUGUCGAUUCCAGCAGCUCUCACAUUUUGACCAACACCAGGUAACUGCCCAGGUCUCUCGAAAUGUUCUAGAGCAGAUUACCAGUUUUGCACUGGGCCUAUCCUAUCAUCUACCAUUGGUACAACAUGUUCAAUUCAUCUUCGACUUGAUGGAAUAUUCUCUGAAUAUUAAUGGAUUAAUUGACUUUGCCAUCCAGUUGCUCAAUGAACUGAGUGUGGUAGAAGCAGAGCUCCUACUGAAGUCAUCCAGCCUGGUCGGCAGUUACACCAUGAGUUUGUGUUUGUGCAUCGUCGCUGUUCUAAGACAUUACAACACCUGCCUGAUCCUGAGUCAGGAGCAGACAGCACAGGUCUUCGAGGGGCUGUGUGGAGUUGUAAAACACGGGAUGAAUCGGCUAGAUGGCUCAUCUGCUGAGCGUUGCAUUCUUGCGUACCUCUAUGACUUGUACAUGUCUUGCAGCCAUCUUAAGAGCAAGUACGGGGAACUAUUCAGUGACUUCUGCUCCAAGGUGAAAAACACAAUAUAUUGUAUUGUUGAGCCAUCGGAUUCCAAUAUGCUUUGGGAACAGGAGUUCAUGUUGGACACAAUCAUUAAUCCGUCUCCACAGAGUUUAAACUGUGCAAUGCUGGGAAAGCUGUUGAAAGACUCUCCUACAAACCGUUACAGCUUUGUGUGCAAUGCACUUGUCCAUGUGUGUGCAGGAGAUCAUGACACAGAUAGGGUAAACGACAUUGCCAUUUUGUGUGCUGAAUUAACUGGAUCCUGCAAAGAUCUGAGCUCUGAAUGGCUGGGAGUCUUAAAAGCACUUUGUUGCUCUUCCAACAAUGGCACUUGUGGGUUUAAUGACCUUCUGUGCAACGUGGAUGUUAGUGAUCUCUCUUUCCAUGAUUCCCUUGCUACGUUUGUUGCAAUCCUGGUCGCUCGCCAGUGUCUCUCCCUCGAGGAUCUGAUACGUUGUGCAGCCAUUCCAUCGUUACUCAAUGCUGCAUGCAGUGAGCAGGAUUCAGAAUCUGGAGCAAGGCUUACAUGUCGUAUAUUGCUGCAGCUUUUCAAGACUCCGCAACUCAACCCAUAUGAACCAGACGGAAGCAAGCCAACAUUUGGGAUUCGCUCUUCCUGUGACCGCCACCUGCUGGCAGCUGCUCAGAAUCGCAUUGUCCCUGGGGCACUAUUCGCUGUCCUGAAGGCUGUUUUUGUAUUAGGUGAUGCAGAAUUGAAAGGUUCUGGAUUUUCUCUCCCAGCGGGUACUGAUGAUAUCACAGAGGAAGAUUUGGCAACCAAGAAGACAGGUGGUCGUCCUGUCUCCAUAGAAACAGCCAGCCUAGAUGUUUAUGCAAAAUAUGUUCUUCGUAGCAUCUGCCAGCAGGAGUGGGUAGGGGAGCGUUGCGUGCGCUCUCUAUGCGAGGACUCAAAUGACCUACAGGAUCCAGUUCUCAGCAGUGCGCAGGCCCAGCGCCUGAUGCAGCUGAUUUGCUAUCCGCACAGACUCAAUGACACAGAGCAGGGCGACAACCCACAGAGGCAGCGCAUUAAACACAUCUUGCAGAGUUUGGAUCAAUGGACAAUGCGGCAAUCUUCACUGGAGCUGCAAUUAAUGAUCAAACAGACAUCGAGCAAUGAAAUGAAUUCACUUCUGGAGAACAUUGCCAAAGCAACUAUUGAAGUGUUCCAACAAUCUGCUGAAAAUGUUUGUACAGCUUCUGCCACAAAUCCUCCACUCAACAAUGCACCUCCCAGUAACACUCCUCCCAAUGCCAAGACCAAACCAGUGCUCAGUGCUUUGGAGCGGUCUGGUGUAUGGCUUGUGGCUCCUCUGAUAGCAAAACUGCCAACGUCUGUACAAGGCCAUGUCCUGAAGGCAGCUGGGGAGGAACUAGAGAAAGGACAGCACCUUGGGUCCUCAUCUCGCAAGGAACGUGAUCGACAAAAGCAGAAAAGCAUGUCUUUGCUUAGUCAGCAGCCAUUCCUUUCUUUGGUUCUGACUUGCUUAAAGGGCCAGGAUGAACAGAGGGAAGGAUUAUUGACCUCACUGUACAGUCAGGUACAGCAGAUUGUGAGUAACUGGCGAGAGGACCAGUACCAGGAUGAUUGCAAGACCCCUCAGUUGCUGCAUGAUGUCUUAAAACUAAGACUUAAUUUGGUGGGCGGUAUGUUUGACACAGUUCAGCGAAGCACUCAGCAGACCACAGAGUGGGCCGUGCUUUUAUUGGACAUUAUCAGCAGCGGCACAGUCGAUAUGCAAUCUAACAACGAGCUCUUCACUACAGUCCUAGACAUGCUGAGUGUGCUGAUUAACGGAACUUUGGCAGCCGACAUGUCCAGUAUCUCUCAGGGCAGCAUGGAGGAGAACAAGAGGGCGUACAUGAAUCUGGUGAAAAAACUUCGGAAGGAGCUGGGUGAUCGUCAGUCGGAAAGUCUGGAGAAAGUGCGACAGCUGUUACCACUUCCUAAGCAGACCCGGGAUGUGAUCACAUGCGAGCCUCAGGGAUCUCUCAUUGAUACCAAAGGAAACAAAAUCGCUGGCUUUGAUUCUAUCUUCAAGAAGGAGGGUUUACAAGUCUCAACCAAGCAGAAGAUUUCCCCGUGGGAUCUCUUUGAGGGACUUAAGCAGUCAGCCCCCCUCUCUUGGGGUUGGUUUGGGACUGUGCGUGUAGACAGGCGCGUGUCUCGGUUAGAAGAGCAGCAACGUUUAUUACUGUACCACACCCACAUUAAACCCAAGCCACGUACCUACUACUUGGAGCCACUCGCACUCCCCCCUGAGGACGAGGAGCCUCCAACGCCCACAAGUAUAGAACCUGACAAGAAGCUUGGGGAGCCCAUCAAGGUGGAUAAGAGUGGAGGGGCAAGCACUGGUGCCACCGAUGAAAGAAAGAAACAAAAUAGGAAUAAAACUAAAAAGAGAGCCCAGGCAACAAGUAAAGCAGAGGAUUACGGGCUCGGUGCGGGCCGUUCUGGGCCUUUAGGGAUUGGAAUACAAAAUGACCACUUGCAUGUCCAAGGGGCUGGGCAAGUGUCUCGUAUGAAUUAUGUUGCACAAAAUGUAGCAACACUUUUUGCCCAUAAUCAGCCACUUCCUCCUGGUGGCCCACGUGUAGAUAGUAGUGCCUAUAGACCCCCUAGGGUCUCUAUGGUAAAGGUGGCACAGACUCGACCUCAAUAUCCUGGGGUAAUGCCUUCCAAUGUAGGAAUGUACAGACCUCAGGCUCCAACUCCCCAGGGGCAGCUACUGAGACAGCAUCUACAGGCAAAGCUGCAAGGACAAGGAACUAUGCCCCAGCCUGGCCGGCAGAUGACACCAAAUCCUCCCUAUGGCCCCAUUCAGCCCAAUCAGGGUUACACAUCUUACAGCCCUCAUCUAACAAUCCAGCAACACCCCCCUCCUGCUCAACCCAGCACAUUGGUAUCUCCAGCUUAUGUCACUCAGCCUUACCCUGGAACUCUUACCACUUCUGGUGGGGCUCUCCUUGACCCUAUGCGUCAAAUGCCCCAGAGGGGCUAUGUUCACCAACAAGCAGCUGGCGGCUAUGGUUAUGCGCCUUCUGGAGGACCGAGAUUUACACACCAGCAGAUGCCACAGGCAGGAAUGAUGGCCGGAAUGGGUCACAUCACUGCUCAGUCGGUAACAGGGGCAAUUCGGCCCAACCAAAUGCUACCAGAGCAGCAGCAGCAGUACUUAAGAAACCAAAUGAUACGGCAGCAACAACAACAGCAACAACAGCAGCAGCAACAACAACAACAACAACAACAGCAGCAGCAACAACAACAACAACAACAGCAGCAGCAGCAACAGCAGGCCCAGGCUCCACCACAACAACAGGCACAGCCACAACCACCUCCCCAGCAAGUCGCAUCUGUACCACAGUCUCAAGGGCAGCCACCUGGACUCGGAAUGCAGUCUUUGCCCCCUCAACAACCAAUGUUUCCGAGAACGGGAUUGCAGCAGACUCAGCAGCAGCAACAGACUGCAGCACUCGUUCGGCAACUACAGCAACAACUAUCCAAUACACAGCCACAGCAAACGUCUAAUCCAUUUGUACGCUACUGACUUAAAGACGGUGGAACCGGUGUUUUGCGUGAACCCUAUGGGUAAAAAGCCUGUUCUGGGUCGAUCCGAGUUCUGAGAGAGAAGAAAAUACCACGGAAGUUGUUUGUUUCUUCUUCUUCUUCGUCAGACAGACAGUGUUUGGAAACGUUGUAGUAUGAGCUCCUGAUAGAGGAACAUUGUAGCCAGAUUUCAUGGCUAAAGCAAAA